GCAACACCUGAGCGGUGCUGGUACUAUUCAUCCAAACCUCUUCCUUUCCUCUCGAACCAUCCAUGAACCCAUCGCGGCAGGUAGUCCAGACACCAUGAGCAGUAGCAACAGCAAGCCCCAACCAAAGCCAAGCCACCACAAGGCCAAAGGUGACCAAGGCAAAAACAACAAGAGAAAGCAGCGACGCGAACUCACAAGAGAAGAGAAAAUCUCCAGGGCGCUAUCAUGGGCUCUCCGGCACCGAGGCCCCAAGAUUGGCUUGACCAUGACUCCCGAUGGGUUUGUUCCUGUUGCCGAAAUCAUGGCUUGUAGAGAACCCAAGCUCCAUCAGCACGGAAUUACACUCCGAGAUCUUCAAGAAAUCGUGCAGUCCAAUGACAAACAAAGAUACCACAUGGAUUGGAUGCCGCUCGAAAACUACCCAAAUCUAAAGACAACGGCACCAGAAGAUACCAUUAACCACGACAAGAGUACAAUUCUCUGCAUCCGUGCAUCCCAAGGCCAUUCACUCUCCUUUAUUGACGCCAAUUUGCUGCUGACACCCAUACCUCCUGAACAAUUGAUGCAAAUACCAGUCAUUGUCCAUGGAACCUAUCGGGUGCCAUGGGAGACUGCCAUUCGGACCCAGGGUCUCAACAAAAUGACCCGCAAUCAUAUUCACUUUGCUUCUGGCUUGCCCCAAGAUGGAGUCAUUUCCGGGAUGCGCCGUACAAGCGAGAUCUAUAUUUACAUCCAUGCCGCCAAAUGUGCCACCAAAGAUGAUAUUCUCUUUUACCAAAGUGCCAACGGCGUCAUCUUGACGGCAGGGAUUGACGGAUGUCUGCCCGUGGAAUACUUUUCUCAUGUCAUUGAUGCCAAGGGCAACAUUUUGUUGGAUCAAAGAGAACAAGAAGAUAGUGCUUUGACAACCACCACAACAAUAACAGACGGCGUCACAAAAUGAAAAUGGGUGUUCGGCAAACUUCUGAUUAUCCAGCUCAGCUCUGAACUUGCUAGCUCAGCCUGCUUGAGUGUUCUGCCACCCUCGGGGAUGCAUCAUUUCCCUCUAUCUUGUCAAAUCGAUUCGAAUCGCAGUGUUUUCGAAACCGAGGAAGCUGGUCAUGGCAUCGUUGAGAAUCUGAAACCUGGAGGAAGUCAGUCGGACAACCGUGGACAACCGUGACCUUGAUAGGGGCCACGUGCAUGCAGAUCUUGCUACUAUUAUGUAGCUCGGAAGAUGCUUGGUUCCAGUCGCAUCAGGCGAACGAAGUUGACGCCGGGGAAGCCAAAAAUUGAUUCAAGAGCCAAUCCUUCGGGAACCUGAUGUGCUAUGGCUGGCUAUAUAGUACGACUUAAUCACACGGCGGGUUGCUGAUCAUUGUGUUUCUAUUUACGUGUUAUUGGUUUGUAGCGAACUUAAAAAUCGCAUUUCUAGCUUGUGCCAGUACGAUAGUACGGCCGAGCACUGCUGGACAGAUCGACUGCAUCUUGAUGGAUGCGUCUCUACGGAACUGCUGGAGUAACAGUGGUUGCUGGGGCAAAGUGGUCCAAACUGUGGUUUUCAUGGACAAAUGUGCAAAGUACUGGUGGGCCAUUGUCAAGAACGUUGAUGUUGACAUGAUGAUGGUGGCAGCGGGGACCUGAACAUUGGUCCAAGGCAGCAGAUUGCUGUAUUGCUGUUAGAUGCAUCGCACAUUAAUGGGUGCUCUGGGAUGAAGAGUUGUUUCAGCCAUGAGACGACUCGACUCUUAGAGCAUGGCUCAUGGACAAAGACUUCGAGAUGCAUAGGUCCGGAGCCUUGCUAGCACUUUGGUUGAGGUAUU